GUGGGAAAGGCUGCCCCUCCACACAGAGGGAGAGAGGCAGGACUCGCUUUCCCAGAAGUGCCUGGCGCGGCAAUGACAGUGUUGGCGCCAAAAACCAGGAAGGUCCCGAGGGAGGGAACUUUUUGUUUUCCAGGCGAGAGAACAACAGACAGAAGUUUGGAGAAGAGAGUCCAAGUUCGGACUAAAACCCAGAACCCAUCAAAGGUGGAAAUCCCAUAAGGAAGUCCCAUGAAAUCUUAACAAGAUCAGAAGGAGUCAAGAGUUUUUCCAGAUGUCUCUCCUUUUCAGUUGGAUGCAAUUCCUUCUGAGGAAGAAAGUGACCAUCUCAGACCUCCCGGAGGAUCUCCUCCUCGACAUCCUCUCUCUGGUCCCGAGGAAGGACUUGGUCCUCUGCUGCCGUCAGGUUUGCUCUCGGUGGAGGGAUCUGGUGGACCUCCCCGUCCUUUGGAAGCGCAAAUGCCGACGAAUGGGCUUCAUCCUGGAGGAGUCGGAUAGUGGCCUCCCAGACUGGAGGACUUUCUGCUUCCGUCACAGCCAGAGGAACCUGGUCAAGAACCCCUGCGGAGAAGAAUUCUUUAAUUUCUGGGAAGCAAGGCAGCCAUGUUGGGAGGUCUCCAAUGACAUUAUGUUGAGAAGAUGCGUCCAGUUCUAUGAAAGAUCCCUGAGGAUUCCCCGUCCACCGCAAGAGAUCCAGAGAUGCUUUAUUUUUAGCAGUUCGGGUGGAACUUUGAGCGGGACCAAGCGGCAGCGGAUUACUUUGAGGGAAGAAGGCUACUCAGACCGGCUGAUGGAUGAAUCCAGGCCCAAAAUCAUCGUGAAAGACUGGCAAUAUUUCAGCUGGAUGUCUGAUAGUCAACUCCAUGUGAAGCUGCUGUCAGCUGGAUUGGAGGUCCUCCAAGAAUGCAGCCUAUCUGGUUUUGAUAUUUGUGACUGGUGGAAUGAGCUUUCGCACACUUUCGAGAACUGUCCUCCCGGCGUCCGUCACAUCGAUCUGGAGCAUAAAGUGUCCACGAGGAAUUUUGUCAAAAUCACCGGCACCAGUGUCACCAUCGACCCCGAAGGGACCCACGAGGAAGGAGCCACCACUGCCGAAAAAUCCCGCUUCCCCGCCAUUUUCAAUCUCUGCCUCCCUGCUACAUUGCAAUUGGAAGCCCGGGAGUUAUAGUUUCCUAAGGCCCCGGGAAAUUGUGGAACUACACAUCCCAGGAGCCUUGGUGGGCAGAAAGCGGAAAUGAGCAGCAUCUCUUCCACACUAUAGACCUUGGACAACCUUGGACUCUCCGUGUGUUUUGGACUACAACUCCCACAAUUCCUAACAUGCACCGGAAGACCUUGGGAAACUGCAACUCCCAAUAUCCCAUAGCCUGAAAGGAGAGUCAUUGUCCGUAAUGGGUUAUUAAAUGUUUGUCAAGGGUUUUGUGCUCUUUUCACGUUGGUGUCUUUAUAUGAUUAAAAUCUAUUUAUACA